AUGGAACUCUCCUCUCUUCAACUUCUUCCAAUUCAGAGAAUUAGUAGAGCUCCAAACCAUGAAAUAGCAAGCGUAUUUAAUCCUCGGAGACGGAGUUGCAGAAGGAGACAACGGAAAUGGAACAUAUCACCGAGAACGACGGCGGAGACGACGGCGUUGGAGCAGGCGGGAGGGAAGAUGGUGGUGGAGCUAGUAGGAGCAUUUAAUGAGCUAACUGAGAGAAUGAACGUGCUUUCAACAAGUUCUUCUAGAAUACUUUUCAAAGCUCUAAAGCUUUCCAUUCCUAUUUUACAAAAUUUACCUCUCUCUAUCGAUGGCCGCUCUCCUCUCGAUAAAGCAUGGUCUCUCGCUCUGCUUCUGGCAGAUCUUCAGAUGGAUGCGGAAGUAAUUUCUGCGGGAAUAUUGACGCAACUGUUUGAAGCUAGUUCGAUAACAAUUCGUGAAGUGAGGGAUAAAAUAGGGAGUGGUACGGCACAUUUGUUACACGAAAGUUUGAGAGUUAAAAAUAUUCCUUCAAGAAUUGAGGUUUUGGAUGAUGAUAGUGCUUCAGCAUUGAGAAAGUUUUGUCUUACCUAUUAUGAUAUUCGUGCUGUGAUUUUGGAUUUGGCUAUUAAGCUUGAUAUGAUGAGGCAUUUAGGUUACUUGCCGAGGUAUCAACAGCAAAUGUUGUCUCUUCAAGUUAUGAAGAUUUAUGCUCCGUUAGCUCAUGCUGUGGGGACUAAUUGGUUAUCGUUGGAGUUGGAGGAUUUGUCAUUUCGGUAUUUGUUUCCUUGUUCAUAUUUAUAUGUGGAUACAUGGUUGCGUAGUCAUGUAACAGGUGGGAAGCCAUUGAUUGAUGUGUAUGUGGAAGAGUUGAGACAGUCAUUGAAGGCUGAUCCUGUUUUGGUUGACAUGGUGGAGGAUGUUUGGGUUAAGGGACGGUAUAAGAGUCGGUAUAGUACGAUGAAGAAGCUUUUGAAAGAUGGUCGGAAGCCUGAAGAAGUAAAUGAUGUUCUGGGUUUGCGAGUUGUAUUGAAACCUAAGUCUGGAGAGGAUGUAUUGGAAUUAGGUGAGAAGGCAUGCUAUAGGACGUGCGAGAUUGUUCGAUCUUUGUGGAAAGAAAUUCCUCACAGAACAAAAGAUUAUAUUGCCAGGCCUAAAGCAAAUGGGUAUAGGAGUUUACACAUGGCAGUUGAUGUGAGUGAUAAUGGCAAGACUAGACCACUAAUGGAAAUUCAGAUAAGGACUGCAGAGAUGGAUUUGCUGGCAGUUGGUGGAACGGCAUCCCAUUCCUUGUACAAGGGUGGCCUUACUGAUCCUGAAGAGGCAAAGCGGCUCAAGGCCAUAAUGAUGGCUGCAGCUGAACUUGCAGCAUUGCGUCUUAAAGAUCUUCCCUCUGCCAAAGGUAUUGAGAUUGACCAGAGAGAUCGAAUCUUUCAGCUUCUCGAUAAAAAUGGUGAUGGCCGGAUUAGCAUUGAAGAACUCAUGGAAGUUAUGGAAGAACUUGGUGCCCCUGGAGAAGAUGCACGGGAGAUGAUGCAGCUCCUUGAUUCGAAUAGUGAUGGCUCUCUCAGCCCCGAUGAAUUUGAUACCUUUCAGAAACAGGUUGAAUUCAUGCAUAAUUUAGAGGACAGAGAUCAUCAGUACGAGAGCAUGUUGAAUGACAAACUUCAAAUGGCAGAGGACAGUGGCUUGAUUCAG